AGUGCAGUACUACAGACUAGAUCUACAUGAUUGUAGACUCUACUUCAGUCUCUCUUUGAGAACGGUUUUAUUCACCAAUGGCGUGAAACCAUGAAGUAAGAGUCAAAGCAUAAAGACACCCCAAUUUCUACUGCGCCAUAAUCACUGUGUUCAUGGUGAGCUGAGAAAAUGAGACGGCAGAAGGCCAGUAAAUUAGGAGCCAAGGCGUCCAGAACUCCAGGCGACAACGACUCGGCUGGUAUCGCGAGCCUGAGAAAUGCCGGACGUCACUCGAAAUUGCUCAUUGCAAUUGUGGUGAUGGCAGCAGUGAUCAUUGCCAUUGGGGCAACUAGUGUGUUUCUACUAACAAAUCGACCAGAACCAAGGCCAAGGGAUGGGGAUGCUGCCAUAAAAGCUAUGCGGUCGUCGCCAAGCGCUAGCGAAGAGAAGACGACUAAAACCGACCCAGCCAGCGCAGAGAAACGCAACCGUGAGAAUACAAUGAGGACUGAGAAGGGUGUUGCUUCAGCACACCGUGGCCCGUUGGUGACACCAGACUGGAUAGCGGAUCGCAUUGAAGCACUAGCACUAACCGCCGCCAAUACGGGUACGGGCACGGAGCGCCUCGAUAAAGCAAUGGCUGAGCGCCGAAAACUGGCGGACGUCCAGUCGCUCAUGGACAAAGCUGGGCGCUUAGCAGACCGAGGUCGCUGGCAAAAUGCCUCACAGCUGAUGCGGCACGUUCUGGAGCAUCGUCCGUUCGACAAGGAGGCCGAACGCUUCCUGCACAUCUUCUACUCAAAGCUGUACCCUACCGGUCCAUUUGGUACAGUUGGUCUCAACUUGUCACAGAGCUAUUUGGACACGACACGACGACAUAGAAUGCAGGGCUGGGCAAUGGCGCACGGUCGCAACAUCUCGGUAACGCGGCUGCACGAGUCGGUCCACGCGUACGUCAUGGAAAAUUUCCUCAGCGACGACGAGUGCAAAGCAUUGCAGGGAGAGCAUCACCGCAUCCAGGAAAAGUACAAUGUUCACCCGCUCGUCUGCUUCCAGCACGACAACUUCUUGAAGCACAAACGCCUCAAGAAACACUUCAUACCAGGCACGUACUGUUUCCAGCAAGCCAUAUCGGCAGCAUUAGCUCAACAACUCAACUACAGCACAAGUUCAGGUUGUCAUCGAGGCGAGUCAGGUGUUGCAGCAAUGGUAGAGGAUCGCAUCAACCUAGUUACUGGUCUGCCGGAGAAACACGGCUACAAUCUUCAGCUCCUCUCAUAUCCAAGUGGCGUCAGCUACAACGACCACACCGACUGUCAGCCUGGAAAGUGUGGGGUGACAGAUGAGAACUUGUUGGACCGAGUCGCAACAUUCCUCGUGUAUCUGAACGAAGUCGAAGGCGGUGAGCUCGCUUUCCCACACCUCAAUGUGAAGGUCACCCCGAAAUGUGGUCGUGCUGUGUCAUUCUUGGGCUACUCAAAUGACUGCUGCAACAUGUUAAGCACUCAUCGUUCGCAAAUGGUGCUGCGCAACGAGAAAGGCAGAAAAAUGGCAGUACAGAAAUGGUACACGUACCGCGAGGUACCGUAUCUGUCUGAAAAGCGACAACACCCCAAGGUGAAGGAGUUGCUUCCCUAUCAGCCGAUCGUUUCCUGUGACUAUACUCUUGGCGGUGGGGAGACAAGCUGUCGGUGGUACGACUUCUGGCCGUUCAGCACGUAGACGUCUCACAAUGCCCGGUGGGAAAGCAGCAGCCAUGAUAUGUGCACAGACGAUGGACAUAUCUCACCAUGUGGGAUCAAUGUGACCGUACGUAAAGCAAGGAUCGCUUCUCUGGAGGGAAAUAAGUUGUACCAGUAUUGUACAGCGGAGCCAAGACUGAGAGCCGCUAUGAUUGCCGCCCAGAGUGGAGACAUGACGGCUGAAUGAUCACUCGACACUUUCACGCAGUGCGACUGGUAGCAACCCGCAUCAUAGUACUGCUUCCUGACAGUGAGUCCCGGUCAUAAGAGACACCACCAGGCAGUGCCAUGGGUGUUUCGGACACAGUUGGCAUACCUUCAGUUCACCAUGCCAGGUGGUAGCCAUGCUUUCAAGUCUCAAACCAACAAUAUUGAUAUGAGAUGAGCGGCAACAGUAUUAUUGCCUGCUUCGAAUUUCUUUGCUAAGCACCUGCUCAGUGGUGUCAUUAGUCAUGCUCAGUCGCUACUGUAAGUUGUGCAGUUUGAACUACUAUCAGUCUCUCUCUCCCAGAACUGCUAUCAAUAGAUACAGAAUGUGCUGUGACAAAUUGACAAUACAUGUAGAUCUACUGUGUUUCCGAUACUAUGU